CUCUUAGCGGCGGGUAGGCCUACAUCCUAUGUGAUAUGGAGCAUUGUGGCCUUAAUUAAAUGGGGAAAAUUACGAGCAAUAUCAUUUCUUAUGACUCAUUUUUGUAGAUAUGACACUCCAUUAGUGGUGUGCACCGCCAGCCGUCAAAUAUGCGUUAUUUUCUCCAAAUAGGACAAAGGACGCGCACGCUACAAUAAUGGCCACGUACAGCUGUGCUGAUACUGUUUCAAAUCUGCCUGUUCAUUUUCAAAAUCACACUGUUGGAUUGAUGUUAACGGUCGCCGGUGUCGUUCCUCAAUUCGGAAUAUAAGGACUGACCACGACUUUUGUGGACUACAGCAAAAGUAAUAUCACAGAAAGAUUGGAAAAGUCUGCGGGUGGUAUCUUUCAUAAGGCCUGUUAGUGACGCUGGCUGGGCUUGGCCACUCCUCCCCAGUCUUUCCCCCUCCUUCACCCUCCCCUUCUACUCAUUCUCUCCUGCUUCUGCCACCACCAUGCCCUCUGUCCCCUGCUGCACCACCUAUCCUGUGGAAAGUGCCUGUCCGCCCCGGUAGGAUGCCCGAGUCGCCCUGCUGUGCCCUGCGCCCCCUCCUGCCCGCCUCCACCACUACCAACGCCGUUUCCUCCUCCUCCGCUGUGACCUCUCCUCUCGCCGCCGCCCCGCCCCCCGAUGGCAUCGUCCCCGCGCUCCGCCAUGGAUGAGGAUGAGGUGAGCGAAGUGAUCAGCACCAACGCGCUGGCCUGGCUGGUGUGCUCAGCCGUGUCCAUCCUGGCCAACGCCUGGGGCAUCCUGAGCGUCAGCGCCAAGCAGAAGAAGUGGAAGCCGCUGGAGUUCCUCAUCUGCACGCUGGCCGGCACGCACAUCCUUAACAUGGCCAUCCCCAUCACCAUGUACUGCGUCAUCACCCUGCGCCGACAGCACUCCAGCUACCAAUGGAACGAGGGCCUGUGCAAGGUGUUCGUGUCCACCUUCUACACCCUGACGCUGGUCACCUGCUUCUCAGUCACCUCACUCUCCUACCACCGCAUGUGGAUGGUACGCUGGCCCGUCAACUACAGGUUGAGUAAUACCAAGAAGCAGGCGGUGCACACAGUGAUGGGCAUCUGGAUGGUGUCCUUCAUCCUGUCCACACUGCCCGCCGUGGGCUGGCACGACACCAUCGACCGCUUCUAUGCCCGCGACUGCCGCUUCAUCGUCACGGAGAUCGGCCUGGGCUUCGGCGUGUGCUUCCUGCUGCUGAUCGGCGGCAGCGUGGCCAUGGGCAUCAUCUGCAUCGGCAUUGCCCUCUUCCAGACCUUCGCCAUCCACGCGGGCCACAAGGCCGACAAGAACAAGUUCAACGUGCCCACCAUCGUGGUGGAGGACGCUCAGGGCAAGCGGCGCUCGUCCAUCGACGGCUCGGAAUCGCUCAAGACCUCGCUGCAGAUCACCUACCUGAUCAGCGGCAUCGUCUUCAUUUAUGACUUCCUCACCGGCUUCCCCAUCCUGGUGGUGAGCUUUACCAGUCUGAAGUAUGACCGCUCCUACAGCUGGAUGGUGCUGUGCGUGCUGUGGUGCUCCAUCGCUCAGUCCAUCCUGCUGCCCAUGUUCUUGUGGGCGUGCGACCGCUACCGCGCAGACGUGCGCAUGGUCUGGGAGAAGUGUGUGGCCAUCAUGUCCAACGACGACGUGGACGAAGAAAACAGCCAAGAUGGAGGAAUUCAUGCGGACUUAAUAUAUGACAGACCAUAUGACUAUAGCUCCGCGGCUGAUAUCAUGACGGUAGACCGUAUUGCCAAGUACGAAUUCUCAACCUUAGAAAUGGGGGUCCCACAAGGGUAUCCAUUGCAACUACAGGAAGAUAAAAUGCAGUAUUUGCAGGUACCCCCUACAAGAAGAUUCUCCCACGACGAAACCGACAUGUGGACCAGCGGCCAGAUCCCCUCCUACCUACACCACUGGGGCUCCACAGAGGACGUGAUGGGGAUGGUCCAUUACAACUCCAGCUUGCCACGCCACGAGAGGCGCAGGAGCAGCCCGGUCUCCUACCACGAGGAGAGCCACCCGCACCGCAAGCGCCGGCGCUCAGAGGAUAGCGGGCACAUGCUCAAGCAGCUGCCGCGGGUGAGCGGUGGCGAGCGCUACGAGGAGGCAGAUUUGCGCUGCUUUAGCCGCGACGAGGUCAUCAACUUUAUCGAUGAGACCCCGCUUCCCAGUCCCAUGAAGAGCCCACGCCGCACCUCCACCAUUUCCCUCAUCCCAGACGUCUACGAGCAGCACAUCAUCUUGUAUCCGCAUUUCCCGCUCACCGAUUUUGAGCGUGAGCCCCAUGCCCUGCGGCGCCUCUCGCAGCAUGGCAGGAGCUGUAGUCGGGGAGGGUCACCAGAUGGCUCACACAGGGCAGACAGGGCGUGCGGUGGGGAAAGCUCCGGGGCAUGCCGUUCAGGUUCCCUCCGUGAGCACCGGCGGGAUGGGAAGCGCCAUGGCGAACUAGUCCCCGCGGGGCAAAGCCUGCGGACUGGGGAACACUCGUCUCACAGGCCCAGCAGGACAGGAGCCCACAGAGCUGGGCCCGACUGGGGGGGACACAAGCACCUGACUACGGGAGACAGUAAAGGGAGCACAAAUAGUUUUAUAAGCUCACCUUCUGCAUCAGCCUCGGGAUAUAUCACAUUUCACUCAGAUUCCAUAGGAUCUGCCACCUAGAUAGAGUAGAGAAAGUUUUUAUUAUGAAUAUUAUUAGUAUUAUUAUUACAGAACCAUGGCAUUGGGGUGGUGGAAAGAUUUCAUACUGGUAUAUCCUAAAUAAUGGUUGAUUUUUUUCAGCCACACUAAACUCCCAAAGCCAGAACUUAUACUCUGUUUUAUUGGCCUUAAAGCUUUGUACACAUUUCAUGACCUGCCUACCUUUGCUUUAGUACCUGGUAGGCUAGACAACGUAGCAACUUUGAAAGAGGCUGUGCAAUUCCUGGGAGGCAGUGAGCUCCACCACAUUAGUGACUCGAACACAUUGCUUUUAGUAAACCCAUACUAACAUCUCUUUUUAAUCUUGUGCAUAUUCCACUCUUUUGUUUUGUGUCAUUUAUUGUACGAGGAUUGGGGGGGGGGUUGGUAUUUUGAUAUUUCUUUGCACUUCAAAAUCUCAGAUAUUGUGUAAGGUGUUAUGAGAUGAGAGGGCAAGGCCAAAACAGGCCAUGUUCUUAUUUGUUGUGGUUAUGACGUGUCUAUUUGAUGGAUGAUCAUUUGCUAGAUUUUUGAUCAAAAUAAACAAGGAAGAGAGGGAAUGUUUUUUAGGAAAUAUACAAAACUUUAUUUCUUCAUGAAGGAAGCCCUCUGAUGUUGUGUUGUGGCCUGUCGUUAAAUAUCCUUAUACAAAGACAUUAUUGCAAUUGCCUCACUUCAGUGUCAUUUUCUACAUGGUUGUGUAAGAAGAAUUUCUACCAUGACGUCCCUUAGACACUUUGAAAAAGUUAACUCGGCGUGGAGUGGAUGUGACGUGUACAUAAUGAAAGUUACAGGUACAUUGGAUGUAUGGUUUGGUGUGCUCCUCGUUCUUUCAUUGAGGAUUUGACUGGGAUGUGUUCUUGUUUCCUCUUAUAAAUACUGUCAUUCGAUAUUUAUGAUUACAAAUGUGUAACAGUGGUCAGCACACGCACAGAUAUUCAUGCAGACAUACAUAAUACGAUAUACAUCAGCCGUCAACAGUAGCUUAACCUCAUCAAAUGGUGCUUGACACUUGGCAGCAGAGGGUCAAUCUGUAUAUCCCUAGAUUGGCCCCAGUGGCCCUUUUAGGAAGCACCAGGAUGUGCAGAGGGAAAUCCUCCAGACCAGGGGUGCAUCUCAAUAGUCUGAAUUGGUCUCCAAGCCUCCUUGUCUCCUCUCUAUCGGCACAGAUAUCAAAUGAUAAGGUAAAUCUUGCAAUCAGUUUACACCUUUCCCAUUCUUUCAGCUCAGUGAGGAUGAAGAAAGGAGAUGAGGAGAGGGAGUCACUACACUAUUGAGAUGCACCCAAUGGCUCAUGUCCAAAACAUCUGCCAUAUCCCAAUUUGAAAGAUGUAACUCAGACAUUCACAUAAAUCAGUCAUUGAUGUCAAUGUGAUAUUUCUGGGAGGUAAAAUUAUGCAUGCAGAUCUCAAAUUAGGAUUACACCUCCUUUUGCUGAGCUGCAUCUAAAUAGUCUAAAAUAGUGUCUGUUAAAAAGGAUGAGGGUCACAUUUAGUCCAGGAUGGAGCUUUAAUCUGCUACUGGCACAUACUUGCACCAUAGAAAUAGAAUUCCAUGUCAGUCAUACUAAGUGUACCAAUGAGGGUACAGUCAAACUGCAAUGGUCUGAGGGUCUUCCCCGUUCUAGGGAUUCUAUUUCUAUUGCUUUAACUGUGACCAAUCAGUGAAUCUGGAUCGAAGGACCAUGAAUAGAAGUACAGGUUCUCUGGGUGACCUCGACUAGAACGAGGUGCUUUUUCAGAGAAUGUUUGACAUGCCAAAGGGUGGCCAGUAAGAAGUGAAGCCAAGCAUGGCUGAAGGAACUUGAAUGGUGUUCAUUAAAUUCACCACCACCAAUGCACUCCAGUGUUUAUAGAGUAUGUGGUUCACUGGUGGUGUGGGUACACAUUUAUAUUCCUUUUUGCUUUGACAUCCUUGGCUUAAAUUCUUAAAAAACUCUAGAUGGUGUUUUGGGAAACACUUGAAAUCGGGGUCCAUCAGGUGUAUAAUACCAUUGAGGCAUGAUGGACCAAGGCAACCAAGGAGUCUUCCUCAUGCUGGAAAGAUUUUAAUUCUAUUGAUAACUUGUUAUUACAAAUGUUUUCAACUUUAAAAUGUAAUAUUCCCCAAAUAUGUUAAUUUGGCAGUUCUAAAAUCCUAAAUUUGACAUUUGACAUGAAUGUAUUUAGACAAGUUUUGUGUAGGUUUGCAGAUCAAUUCAUUAAAUGGAGUGAUAGUACUUUCAACUCGCAGUGUGCCCCAAUUAACCCUUUUAUAGCCUCAUUAUGUUGUAAAAAAUCCUAGACUUUCUAUGAGGCACACACACAUUGGUAUUACAAUGCAUCAUAGUGAUGUAUUUUAAGGAUGUUAUAACUACUUGGAGUUAUGACAGCUUAUAAUAUGCAUUAUAAUGCACUAUAAGAGUAUGGAGUUAAAUGCUAGCCUGGGUACCAGUCUCUUUCUGCUAACAUUCCACUCCUUGUACUCUGUAUCAUAUGCCAAACAUUUGGCAUAUAAGCUAAACAUUUGAAAUAUGACAUAAAUGCGCUUAAGAGGUCAAUGGAACGCAGACCAUGGGGUAUGGAAACACGCUCGAUUGGUGCACAUUCAAGAAAGUGGAUAUAUAUAUACAGUACCUGUCAAAAGUUUGAACACACCUUUUCUUUAUUUGUACUAUUUUCUACAUUGUCAAUUAAUAGUGAUGACAUCAAAACUAUGAAAUAACACAAAUGGAAUUAUGUAGCAACCAAAUAAGUGUUACACGAAUGAAAAUAUAUUUUAUAUUUGAGAUUCUUCAAAGUAGCCACCCUUUGCCUUUUUGACAGCUUUGUACAUUCUUGGGAUUCUCUCAACCAACUUAAUGAGGAAUGCUUUUCCAACAGUCUUG